AUGUGUUUGGGACUAAAUCAAUGGAGAGUUCAAGCAUCAGAGUUAUCCAAGCAAUUUGUGUGAUGCAUCUUAAAACAUAAACGAUCUUUUCAGUUACGCACAUUUCGCGCGAAACUCUGUUUGGAUCGCUAAAGUAAAGGUGGACUAAUUAGAAAUGAGUAAAAAAGAUAACGGCGCGUCGCUCAUCCUCGCCUAUCUGAACGAGAAGAACCGGCCGUACAGUGCCCAGGAUGUCUUCUGUAAUUUGCAAAAGCAGCAUGGACUUGGAAAAACCGCUGUGGUCAAAGCCAUGGAACUGCUGGCUCUAGAGGGCAAGAUAAAGGAGAAAACCUAUGGCAAGCAAAAGAUUUAUUUUGCGGAUCAGGCUCAGUUCAAAGAUGUCAGUGAUACAGACCUGAAGGUGAUGGACUGUCAGAUCUCAGAGCUCAGUGCAGAGGCACAGUCCCUCGCACAGAGCUGCAGACAGCUAGAUACAGAGCUAAAAGAGCUGAACAGUUCCCUGACAACAGAGGAAAUGAUGUCAGAGAUCCAGCAGCUUAAAGAUGAGUGUUCUGGUUACAGAGCACGCCUGGAGAAGAUAAAGUCGGCCACAAAUCACGUCACACCUGAGGAGAAAGAGAAGGUUUGCAAAGAGCAGACUGUCUACGUGAAAGAGUGGAAAAAGAGGAAGAGAUUGGCUUCAGACAUGGUAAAUGCAAUCCUGGAGGGAUAUCCUAAGAGCAAAAAGGAAUUCCUGGAUGAAGUUGGAGUCGAGACCGAUGAGGACUGUAAAGUGGCUGUUCCAAGUACUUGAAAGAACAAGAAAACGCUUGUUCAGCUACUUGAUGAAUGCAAGCCUGUGCGGUGCUUUGCUAGGGAGAUCGAUUACACAUCAGAGCAGUUUGAGCUACAGCACAUUACUUUAUUUAUAACCUUUCUUUUGAACAAAUAGUACAUCUUUAAUAAAAGUUGAAUGGAAAAAACACUUAUUGUAUUUUAAAGUAUACUCAUAUAAAAAUAGCUUUAUCACUUUGGUGACACUAGCACUACAUCAAGUCAUUAGACAGCACUGAGGGAUGCUGGUCACCUCAUAGGCAACGUUGUUUAAGUUUUCCCUUUUUAAAGCCAUGAAACCAAUCCUAAGCCUAUGAUGAAAGUGUCUACAAAUUUUUUAUUAUAGCUUCGAGAUGUUUACAUUUUUUGUUGUUCUCAUUACAUGUUUAAGUCCAUCUUGCUGCCAUGUUUUUUUUUUUUUUUGAAAACUGGCAAUAAAUGACUGAAUGUAUGAA